AAAAGUUUUCACUGUGAGCCGCCAUUUUGGUUUGACUGCUACUCGGCGCAAAAUAUUUUUGUCGCCGGAUAAUGUAACUUUGUGUUAAUAUGGACGGCUAAUUUUACAACAUCAGCGUAGCAAGAAGCACUUUCUGUACAGAUAACUGUAGAAAAUGUGAUAAAGUGUAAGGAUGUUGGAGUGGUUUGUGUGGGAAGUGUAGAGCCAGCGGUCAGUGAAGCUGCAGAGCUCAGUUGUGAAAUCCCACCAAGGAGAUGUCUGCCUCGCAAAGUUACAAUUUUCCCGGCGAUCCACGGCGGAUGCCCACCUAAAGUGGAGUGAUAGUGCUAUUGAGUUGUAAUGAUGCAAUAUGAGUGGCGCGGGGACGCUAGCAACUCGGGAUUGAGUGUAAAAGUGGUGUGUAGUUUAGGCAUCGGUUUUGUGUUGAGGAGCGCGUUGUAAACAAGGACGCCAUGGCGGAGCAGCAGCUGGGGAGCGAGCCGCCCAACAAGCGGGCCAAGAUAGACUCCUUCCCAUCAUCGGACCCCACCGAUGAUUUUGCUGCAAUGUUGGAGAAUGCUCUGCCAGAUGACCUGAUGUGGCCAGGCGACUCUCAGGGUGGUGGAGGUGGUGGUGGGGGAGGUGUUAAUGGUAUGAUGGAAGGAAAUGGUGGUGGCCCUGGAGACCGCCCCCAACAGCUGACGCACCUCCUCCAGACUAAAACCCCACCGCACUCCAUGGCUGGAAAUAAUGCUAUGGCCACUGGGCCCCACAAUAUGCCCAACCAAAGCAAUAUGAUAGUUAAUGCGUUGACUAAUUCCAAAAGUCCCCACGGUGGACAGAUGCAGUCACCUCAAAAUACAAAUUUGGGAAUGAGUGGUGUUCCUACAUCUAGCCAACAACUAACUAUGAGUGACUCUGUUAAUAACUUGAACACUAUGCCCAAUAGUAUAGCUAACUCAAUGGCUGCCAAUGUGACAGGAACCAUGUCAAUGUCCAUGGCCUCUAGUGUUGCAGUAUCUUCCAUGAGCCUUGUUAAUACCAACACAUCCAUGGGUCUCAGUAGUAUGGCAAACAGUGCGGGCAUGGCUGGUGGUAUGAAUACUGUGACCAAUAUAAACACUAUGAACACGAUGAAUUCCAUGAAUAAGUCGCAAGGUGUUGUAACCACAAUGAACAUGAGUGGUCCCAUGGCAUCCCAAAUGAACGAGGGAAUGCCAAAUGGUCCACUGCCUGGCCUAAACAGACCCAUGGUUCCACCGAAUCUCCGAGGGCAGUCGCCACAACCCAUUGGAGCUGGACCUCAGGGGAUGGGUCCUCGACACCCAGGAAUGGGUCCAGGACAACUAGGGCCAAGAUUACAGAAUCCUGGUGUAGGUGGUAUUGGGCAACCCAACUUAUCGGGAAGUUACAACUUUGGAGGACCAGGUGUUGGCCAAGGAAUGGAUGGUAAUGUGGGUCAGGCCAAUGCUGGACUGGGACCUGGCCAAAGACCUUUAGGGAUGGGGAUGCCACCACGUUAUCCCAAUCAAGAAAUGAUGGGUAUGAUGGGCUCUAUGCCUCGGGGCCCCCAACCUGGUCCAGGUCCCACAGGUCCUGGUGCUCAGGGAGUCCCUGGUGGCCCUCCUGUUGGCCCACCAGGACCUAUGGGUGGUGGCCCUGGUGGCUCAGGGCAGAUGGUGCCUGGUCAACCAAGACCAAAUCCAGCUGACCCUGAGAAAAGAAAAUUAAUACAACAGCAGCUAGUUCUCCUCCUUCAUGCCCACAAGUGCCAGCGUCGUGAGAGUCAGGCAAACGGAGAGGUGAGGCAGUGUAAUCUACCUCACUGCAAGACAAUGAAGAAUGUUUUAACUCAUAUGACCACUUGCCAGGCGGGUAAGUCAUGUCCAGUUCCUCAUUGUGCAUCAUCCAGACAGAUAAUAUCCCAUUGGAAAAAUUGUGCACGACAGGACUGCCCAGUGUGUGAACCUUUGAAACAAGCGGACAAGAAGCAGCCAGGAGCUGGGGGGGUUUCGGGUCAGAUUCCACCAACUGUGUCCCAACCUGGCCCAAGCCCAGGAGGGGUUCCAGGACCGCUCUCUGGCCCUCCUGGUCCUCCAGGUCCUCCGGGUCCACCCAAUGUUACAGGUCAAAUGCAAACAGGACCUGGACAAAAUGCUGGACCAAGACCUGGAGGUGUUAAAAGAGUGUAUGAAGGAGAAACUUUACAACCAGCAAUGUCUGGACCACCAGGACCCACUGACUCUUUAAUGAGAAACUUGAGACCACAGGUGCCUAGUGUUGCAGGAAUGCCUGCCAAUGCCCAGCAGGGAGCACCUGGAAAUGUUCCAGGUGCUCCCACAGGUGUACCUGGAGCACCAGGGGGUAUGCCUGGGCAGAUGGUGCGACCAGGUGUGCCUAAUAAGGGACCUGAGGGGACGAUGAUGGGUGCUUCCACUCCCCAGAGUAUGAACUCCCCGGGUAUGAUGGUCAGAGGGCCCAAUGCUGGGUCUGGACCAUUGAAUACUCUUCAGCAGCAACAGCAAAUUAUUGGCAAGCCUUCAAAUGUUGGCAUCAAUCAAAAUCCUGUUGUGAGUACAAUGUCUUUACAGUCAUUACCUGAUUCAUGGCUCAAUCUGCCGAAUCAACCUGCACAGCUGCCUGGUGGCUUUGGUGCUGUUACUGCCAAGCCUGUUAAGGGGACCAAAGAAUGGCACCAAAGUAUAUCGAAUGAGCUGAGAAACCACCUUGUACACAAGCUUGUACAAGCCAUCUUCCCAACUCCAGACCCCCAAGCAAUGCUUGAUAAGAGAAUGCAGAAUCUUGUUGCCUAUGCUAGAAAAGUUGAAGGGGACAUGUUUGAAAUGGCUAACUCAAGGCCUGAGUAUUACCAUCUAUUGGCCGAGAAGAUUUACAAAAUUCAGAAAGAGCUGGAGGAGAAACGCCUACAGAGGAAACAGACGACUCCGCGGGAUGGAGCUCCUGGACCCCCAGGCCCUCCUGGUCCUCCUGGUCCCUCUCCAGGAGUUGUGCCCUCAGGACCAAUUGUUGCCCCUGGUCAGAUCCUCACCCCUACAACUUCAGGAGCUACAGCCAUGGAAAAAGUGCUCAGCGACACACGCAGUCUGUCGCCAGGCUGUCUGGAUGUCUUUGUGUUUGGGAGAGCAAGAAUGGUAGCCCGUCCCACAGGUCCCCGACCAACACACCCAUCAGGGAAUCUGAUCACUACCAAUCAUCCCAUGGCUAACAACCAAGUAUCUCAGCCUACUUCAAUCUGCCAAUCUAGUAAUCAGAUGGUAAUAGGUCCUCCUAUUAGUGGGCCUAUCACCACCACCACCGCUAGUAGUAACAACACCAUCGUUAAUUCUUCAGGUCAAUUCCCAGGCACUGUUUCCCAUGUGGAUAUGAUGCCUGGGCCUAGACCCAGUAUUCCUCCUCCACCUUAUAGCACUCCUAAUGAUACAUCUGUCAUGAACCAGAUGUCUAACCGUACCUCUCCAGCCAUACCUGUGUCUUCAGUUGCAGCAACUUUGGGUAUUCCUAUGAGCUUGGCUUCUCAGUCUUCUACUCCAAGCUCUAUGGCUAAUACCUCAACCAGUGAAAAUACCUUCCCGCCUACUUCGCAGCCUAAUUUGAUAACCACAAAUGCUAACAGUGAGAAUACAGUUGUACCUACGUCCAUUCAUACUAAAGAUAAUGCAAUGGGCAAUCAAUCUACUCCAGCAGAAAUGACAGAUGAUAAAUCCGAUAUUAAACCAUGUAAAAUUCAGGUAAAAACUGAACCUCCAGAAAUUAAAAGUGAACCAGAAGAACCAGAUGGGAAAGAGAUUAAAAUUGAACCUAAAGCAGAACCUAUGGAAGUUACUACUGCCCCAGAAGAAGGUAAUGUAAAACAAGAACCAUUUAUAAAGGAAGAGCCUAAGAGUCCAGCGGCUCGUACUCCAAGUGAAUCUAGUAACUCUAAUGAUGGAGCCAACAAAGGAAUCAAUAGCAAGGGUGAUAAACCAGCCAUUAGUGGAAUAACGCCCAGAAGACCUGCACCACCACCACCCAAGCCGGCUCCCAUUGUUUCUGCAGCUUCCACCAAAGAUCGGGCCCCUUUGUUCAAACCCGACGAGUUACGGCAACAUCUGGUUCCCACGUUAGAAAAAUUAUAUCGUCAGGAUCCUGAAUCUAUUCCUUUCCGUCAGCCUGUUGACCCACAGGCUCUUGGGAUACCAGAUUAUUUCGAUAUUAUUAAGAAACCUAUGGAUUUAUCUACUAUCAAGCGGAAGUUAGACACGGGACAGUACAUCGACCCCUGGGAUUACGUGGAUGACGUUUGGCUGAUGUUUGACAAUGCGUGGAUCUACAAUAGGAAAACCUCACGUGUCUACAGAUAUUGCACAAAGCUUGCAGAAGUAUUUGAAGCAGAGAUAGAUCCGGUCAUGCAGCAGUUGGGGUACUGUUGUGGUCGCAAAUAUACCUUCAACCCCCAGGUGCUGUGUUGCUAUGGUAAACAGCUCUGCACUAUUCCUCGUGAUGCCAAAUACUUCAGCUACCAGAAUAGAUAUACAUACUGUUAUAGAUGUUUUAAUGACAUCCAGGGAGACAGCAUAACAUUAGGAGAUGACCCAUCUCAACCAGCACUAAUGAUCAAGAAAUCCCAGUUUACGGAGAUGAAAAAUGAUGCCCUGGACUUGGAGCCUCUUGUGGAGUGCCUUGAAUGUGGUCGAAAACAGCACCAGAUAUGUGUGCUGUACAUGGAGGCCAUCUGGCCACAGGGCUUUGUCUGUGAUGGUUGUCUCAAGAAAAAAAACAACUCACUACGUAAAGAGAACAAGUUUACCUCCAAGAAACUGCCAACUACAAAACUGAGUAAUUUCUUAGAAACUCGGGUCAACAACUUCCUAAAGAAAAAGGAGGCUGGUGCUGGUGAAGUUUACAUCAGGGUUGUCUCUUCUACAGAUAAAAUUGUUGAAGUCAAAGGAGGCAUGAAGACCAGAUUUGUGGACACUCAACAACUUGCUCCUGAGUUUCCUUAUCGUGCCAAAGCUUUGUUUGCAUAUGAAGAUAUUGAUGGACAAGAUGUGUGCUUCUUCGGUAUGCAUGUACAAGAGUAUGGGUCUGACAGUCCUGUACCAAAUACUCGAAGAGUGUACUUAGCUUAUCUGGACAGUGUACAUUUCUUCAAACCAAGACAAUAUAGAACAGCUGUCUACCAUGAAAUACUUCUGGGGUAUCUUGACUAUGUGAAACAGUUAGGGUAUACUAUGGCACACAUUUGGGCAUGUCCACCAUCAGAAGGAGAUGACUACAUCUUCCACUGCCAUCCUAGUGACCAGAAGAUUCCUAAACCAAAGCGCCUGCAAGAAUGGUACAAGAAGAUGCUUGAUAAGGGUAUCAUAGAAAGAAUAGUCUUAGAUUACAAGGAUAUCCAUAAACAAGCAUUUGAAGACAACAUGAAAUCUCCUGCAGAGUUACCUUAUUUUGAAGGUGACUUUUGGCCCAAUGUGAUGGAAGAGAGCAUAAAAGAACUGGACCAAGAGGAAGAGGAGAAACGAAAGCAGGAGGAAGCUGCUGCAGCAGAAGCUGCAGCACAGGCAGCAAUGGGACAAGAGGAAGAGGAGGAAACCAGUCAAGAUGGUAAAAAGAAAGGUCAAAAGAAACACAAAAAUAAGAACAAAAGUAAAAGUCAACAGAAGAACAAGUCGAAGAGCAAGAGCAAUGCAGCAGGCUGUAAUGAUCUUGCUCAAAAGAUAUUUGCAACGAUGGAGAAACACAAAGAUGUGUUUUUUGUAAUAAGAUUGCACAGUGCUCAGUCUGCUGUUAGUUUGCCCCCUAUUCAAGACCCUGACCCUAUUAUGGUAUGUGAUCUCAUGGAUGGUAGAGAUGCCUUUCUUACCUUGGCCAGCGAAAGACACUUAGAGUUUUCAUCAUUGCGCCGUGCUAAGUAUUCCACAAUGAUUAUGAUGUAUGAGCUUCAUAACCAGGGGCAAGACCGUUUUGUGUACACAUGCAAUCAUUGCAAGGCCCAUGUGGAAACACGUUAUCACUGCCAAGAAUGUGAUGAUUUUGAUUUGUGUACCUCUUGUUUCAAGGCUGAAGGACAUUCUCAUAAGAUGAUAAAACUAGGGUUGGAUUUGGAGGAUGGAUCAGUCUCGACAGAGAACAAGAACCUCAACCCACAAGAGGCUCGCAGACAAUCCAUACAGCGGUGUAUCCAAUCAUUGGUGCAUGCUUCUCAAUGCAGAGACGCAAAUUGCAGACUUCCAUCAUGUCAGAAGAUGAAGCGUGUGUUAUCUCAUACCAAGUCCUGCAAAAAGAAGAAUAAUGGUGGAUGUGCAAUAUGUAAACAACUCAUUGCCCUUUGCUGUUACCAUGCAAGAAAUUGCAAGGAGCAGAGAUGUGUUGUCCCAUACUGCUUUAACAUCAAGCAAAAGUUACGGCAACAGGAGAUGCAGCAAAGGUUCCAACAGCAGCAGUUAAUGAAGAGAAGAAUGCAGCAGAUGAAUGCACGUAUGGUUGGUGUGGCAGCCAAUACAUCUAUGCCUCAGCCUGCUGCUCCAGUUCCUGCACCUGUUCAGAGCCCUAUUCACAACACUCAGCCAGGGAUCAAACCUGCUACACAGGCACCACCACCACCAAAUGUUAUGAAGGCUAUUGCACAGGUUCAGGAGGAAGCUGCAAGACAAACUGGGCCUGCUACUGCUGUGAGCUAUGGGAAGGGUAAUCCUGGUAAUGCUGCAGUUGGUCAAGCACCCAUGAUGCCCCCUCCCAUUGCCCCACAGCAGCAGGUCCGCCCACAGAUGCCCACCAAUGCUAUUCCACAAAUGGGUAACAUGGGCCCUCAGGUUUCACAAAUUAAUCCAGUGGGUAAACCUAAUGCUGUGAUGCAGCAGCAGCAACAACAGCAGCAGCAACAGCAAAGAGUUUUACCUGGAAUGGAGCAGUUGUGGAACAGAUAUCCAAAUCCUGGUCCUGGUGGGAUUAUUGGACAGCAACAGCAAGGACAGGGUGGUGGCAUCAGACCAGGAAUGAUGACACAACCCAACCCAAUGGGUCAGCAAGGAGGACCUCCAGGCCCGGCUGUGAUGGGCCCUCCAGGCCAGCCAGGGCAGCCUGGUCAGCCGGGCCAGCCUGGUGGGCAGCCACAGAGAAAUGCCACACAAGCCUUACAGCAGCUUCUACAAACAUUAAAGAAUCCCUCGGGACCGCAUCAACAGUCAGAAGUUUUACAGAUACUCAAAACUCAUCCUCAGCUUAUGGCAGCUUUCAUCAGACAUCGCCAAAUACAGCAACAAAGCCAGCAACAACAACAACAGCAACAACAACAACAGCAGCAACAACAACAACAGCAGCAACAACAACAACAGCAACAACAACAGCAGCAGCAGCAAAACCCACAGGGAACAGGAGGACAACCAGGCUUGAUACCACAAGGUGCAAGUGGGAUGCAGGGAUCUGUGCAGGGGUCUAUGCAACCUAAUAUGCAGCCAGGUGGAAUGCAACCCAACAUUCAACCAGGAGGUAUGCAGACCACAAUGCAGGGAGGUAUAGUGACCCAAAUGGCAACCAACCAACCCAUGCAGGGCCAACAGCAGCCUAUGGGAGUUCCCCCAACUCAAGCCAACAUGGCACAUCAGCAACAAUGGUAUCAACAACAGAAGAUUAUGCAAUUAAGGCAGCAACAGCAACAACAGCAGCAACAACAACAGCAACAACAACAACAACAACAACAGUCCCAACCAGGUGGCUUCCAGCAACCUCAGGCACCUAUGUAUACACAAAGACGACAAUUGAACUUCCCACAGCAGCAUAAUUUCCAGGGUGGUGAUGGCCAGUUUGGCCAAGGUUUUCCUCAGCAACAACAACAACAGCAGCAAAUGUUGAUGCAACAGCAACAAAUGAAACCAGUGCCACCAUCUAUGUCUCCACAGAAUGUUGCUCCAGGCAUGAUGCCUCCAGGGUCAGCCAUGACGAACCCGUCCCCACAGCAGCUGAUGCAGACAGUGACUUCACCCCCGCCAAGUAAUCUACCCCAAACAGUGCGGUCACCACAACCGAACCCCUCGCCCAGAAACCACGGUCCCAUCCCGUCCCCACGCAUCCCGUCCCCACGUGCGGGACCUGUGCCCUCUCCACACCACCCAGCUCCAGUGCACUCUCCACAUCCUGGUAGUCAACAAGGCCCAGCAAUGGGUGGUGGUGGUGCCCCAGGAGAUUCCAUGAUGCUCUCCCAACUAGGGCCAGGUAGUGGGCAUCAGACUCACCAGGGGCUGCCUCCCUUACAGCCUGCCAACAACCAACAGAUGAGUGGUAUGGUGGCCACCUCAGAAUCAGAAGUUACCCCACAAGACAAACUCUCUAAGUUUGUGGAGACAUUAUAGUACCAGUGUGCUACUUAGCCCUUGUAGAUAGUACCUUGUAAAUAUUUUGUAUGUAAGUCAUGGAUUCUCAUACAGACUACAAAUUGUGAUUGUUAUUUUUGCAGUGCUUUUUAUCUGCAAAACAGGAAAGAUAUUAUGCUUCCUUGAAGCAAACCCAGAGGAAUAUUCUGCAGAUCCUGAGCUAUAAACUCAUGCCAAUUCCUUAAAAGACACUUUACUUACCCUACAUGGGUUUUCUAGGCUUAUGAAGACUAAAAAAGUAAACUCAGUGGUUACAUGAAAAAAAAUUGAAAUGGAAAUUUUAUUACAGUAACUUUGUACAAUUUUGCAUUAGUCAUUAAUUUUGGGCAGUUGCUGUCUUGUUUAUAAUUUGAAGAGUGCAAAUAGGUCUUUUGCCAAGGUAUUAGCUAGACACUUAUGGUGCAUUCUAGCUUGCUGAACUACUAGAGCAGAAUGUACUAGGGGAUUGUGCCUGUACAUUUCUGCACAAUAAGUGAUAAAAGGAUGUAAAUGUAAUGGUUUUGUUAAGCCCUGUGCCCAUGGAUCUCCCAAAACUACAGACUGCAGUGCAGGCACAACCUCAACAGUGGCCUCCCUUCAUCUUUGACAUUCCCUGUAGGUAACGCACUUGCCCUGGGGAGGUCUGCUGUCUCUGCUGGUACUGUCAGUUUGACAGUGAAGGGGGAGAGGGUAACGAGGGAACGUGUUCACAUGCAGCGGACCAGAGGGAUAGCUGCUGCUGCUGCUACCAUCAUCCCAAACAAACUAGUACACAUUGCCCAAUGCUGACCCAUUCCAUUACCCCCCCCCCCUCAAACCUACCAAAGGGAGGAUAUUUAUGUGGGUAGCAAGGCGAGAUGGAAGGUAUGUGGGUGGGGGAAGUUGCAGCCAGUUUUCCUCCCGUCACGACGCCUCACCCACCUGUCCUCUAUACAAUUCUUUAAUUUAUUUCUCUUUCAAGAUUUGAUAAGUUUGUUUUCACAUUUUCCAACGCUCAACGUGAUGUAUGUAUGUAAAUUGUUGAUUGUAUUGUCUAACAACACCUGCUCAUUGGAAGUCCCCGUUCUUGUCCUGUAUAAUUGUAUUUUAAUGGGCAUAUGAAAUUUUUUAACCGUCUGGUCCCCCACUUUGUUAUGUUUAAUGUUGACCAAUGAGGAAGUGUUGAACAGAGGAUUUGAUUAUUUUAUAAUAAAUAUAUGACAAAU